UGCGUUUUUUUUUUUUUCUGUAUACAUUUAUAACUUAUAACGGAGUAAAGAUUAUUUACUAAAACUUCAUGUCAGCUCUCGGAGCAGGUUGACGCGUCGGCAGAGAUCGAGUGUGAGUGUAAAGUGUUGUGAUUAUCGCGUGAAAAUGUGCAAAGUCGAAAUGCUGAGAGCGUUGCUGAAUCAGCGACUGAAUGCGGCCGUUGACGAAAUAUUCGUAGUGUUUGAAAGAACGAUAGCAGAAUACGAGGAGGAACUUUGUCGGACAAAAGAGGAGAACGCGAGACAACUUCAACUACUGGACGCUUUCAACAGAGCAGGGGCCUCGUGUACAAAAGAUGUCAGUGAAGAGCUUCCCCCCAACCAACAGGAGUGGAGCUCCAGGGUAGAGCAGGAGGAGCCCAAGCCCCCACACCUGAAAGAGGAGGAAAUGUGGAAAAGUCAGGAGGGAAAGCAGCGUCAAGGGUUGGACCUCCCAAUGAUUUGUGUCAUUGUGAAGAGUGAAGAUGAUGAAGACAAAGGUCAGAGCAAUGAGAACAGAGGGGCGGGGCCUCGGACCAGCAGCUCAAGUCAACACAUGACAGCCAAAGGUGAUGGAGACCACUGUAGAGGAUCACAAGCAGACAGCCUCUUAGCUCCACUAUCAGAUAGUGACGACAAAGCAUCGCACUCUGCUGACACCGAUGAGGAAUACUCUCAAGGUGAUGUGACAUGUCACACUGACAGCAGGCACUUGAAAUGUUCUCAGUGUGAAAAAACCUUUGGCAACAAGUCAACACUAAAAAGACACUUGAGGGUUCACUCUGGAGAAAAACCAUUCAGGUGCUCAGUAUGUAAUAAAAGUUUCAAACUGAAGGAUACUUUAAUCAGACACUUGAGGAUCCACACAGGGGAGAAACCAUUCUGCUGCUCAGUUUGUGGUAAAGGGUUCUCCGUAAAAGGAAAUUUUAUAACACAUACAAGAACACACACUGGCGAAAAACCAUAUUCCUGCUCAUUCUGUAACACGUGUUUUCGUGCUCGUCCAGCACUGGUUAAACACUUGAGAACACACACAGGUGAGAAGCCUUUUACCUGUUCAGUCUGUGGUGAGAAUUUCUCUCAAAAGGAGACUUUGAAGAGGCAUACAAGAACUCACACUGGGGAGAAGCCAUUUACCUGUUCAAUCUGUGGUAAAAGAUUCUCGAUAAAAGGACAUUUGAUAUCACACACAAGAACACACACUGGAGAUAAGCCAUUCAUCUGCUCAGUUUGUGGUAAAACAUUCACUCAGAAGGGAAAUUUAAUCAGACACACAAGAAUACACACUGGGGAAAAACCAUUUUCUUGCUCAGUCUGCAACAAAUGUUUUGGUGAUAAUUCAGGAUUGAUUAUUCACACGAGAACGCACACAGGAGAGAAACCUUUCACCUGCUCGGUCUGCAGUCAAAGAUUCUCUACAAAAGGGCAUUUGAUAACACACACAAGGACACACACAGGAGAAAAACCCUUUUCCUGCUCAAUAUGCAACACCAGUUUUAAUUGUCAUUCAGGACUCUUUCAACACAUGAAAAAACACCAAGGUGAGGGUAUUUAGUGUGUUUAAUUACAAAGUACCAGAGGUCUCAAUCAAAACCAUUACAUACACACACUACAGAGCCCAAAAGUUUUGAUUAUUAAAAACAGGUGAUGGGAGAAUGUGUGUCCAUAAAAACUGACACCAAUUGAAAAGCACAUUUCAGUUUUUCUAUCAUUUCAUUUCAAUAAUGAAUUCAACCUAACUGUAUACUGCAGUAUAGAAGUACUUGGAGAACUAAUGGAAUAAUGCCUCAUGCAGUGAUUUUAUUAGAACAAGGACCGCUUGGGACGGCACUGCCAUGCCUCUGGCAUUUUUUCCAAGGGCCCACUAAUAUUUCUAACUGUUGACAUAUGUGCGCUCAAUUGUAAUGAGUGUGAAGCAUAAUCAAAUCCAGGUGAGGUUAAUUAUAUUUGUAUUGAUUGGAUGACGAGUCAGUGAAUGGACUGAAAAUGUCAUGCCUCUAAUGUGAUUGUGUAUAAAUAUAAAUGUAUAAAGAGAGAACGGAAAAGCAGGAGUUCAAGCGCACCUUGAUGGUCGCAGUAUAAUAAAAA